AUGCCAAGCUAUGUGAAAUUCCUCAAGGACAUUCUAGCCAACAAGAGAAAGAUCAAAGAAAAUGAAACAGUUGCACUAACAUACGAGUGUAGCGCUUUGUUUCAAAAUAAUCUCCCUGCUAAAAUGAAGGAUCCUGGGAGUUUUACAUUACCCUGCACCAUAGGAGGGAAUAUGGUCGAGAAUGCAUUGUUUGAUUUGGGGGCGAGCAUAAAUUUGAUGCCCUCGUCAAUCUUUAAGAAGAUAGACAUCGGCGAAGCUAGACCAACCACGAUUACAUUACAAUUAGUCGAUAAAUCAAUAAAGCUUCCAGAGGGCAAGAUAGAAGAUGUUUUCGUACAGGUAGACAAGUUUAUCUUCCCCGCAGAUUUUGUUAUAUUGGACUAUGAGGCAGAUAGAGAAAUCCCUAUCAUCCUAGGACGCCCAUUUCUAGCCACAGGGCGAGCAUUGAUCGAUGUACAGAAGAGAGAAUUGACCAUCUAG